AAUAACUAGUCAAUGCAAACUUUCCUUAAGGUUAAAAAUUGUAUUAGCUAUCCUAUACAAAAUUUUGUGUUACCAAAAUUUGUGUAAACACUUUUAUUUACAGAUUAAAAAUGAAGAAACGCCAAAAACAUGUGCCUUAUUAUCGUCAAAUGUUGUUUUGAACACUCAGCUGUUUUGACUAAGAAGAUUUUAGCCAGCAGACAGAAUAACGAUUAAAUUUACUUGUGCAACAAGAAUCAAAAAGUGAAGUCAUUUACUCAAAUACUCAAAGUUAAAUUUAAAAAUAAUACAUAAAAUUUAACAAUACUUUGAAUAUAUUCAUAAUAAUUUUUAAUAUGCAUAUUGGCCAUAAUUUCAAAAAUGAACAUCACAAUUAUUUCUGUUAAAUAUUUACGCAUGUAACAUCUAUAAUAUUUUUGGGCGUGUUAAUAUUAAGAGAAAAAAGAAGCAAAAUUUUCUUUUUUUAGAAAUAAAAGAUGUAAAUUUUAAAAAUGUACCUUCAAAGAUUUCGUUCAACAGUUAAAAUUCUGUUCUGGUGCUUAUUUUUGCUGCAAAUAAUUCUUUUUGGAAUUUAUUGGUUUUAUCAACAAGAGGAUAGUGUAACCACUGAAAACUAUGUAGUUAUUAGUAGUAAAAACCGAAACAGAAAUAAGCAAGAUGAUUUUGUGUAUUUUAUUACAAAAAAUUUAAAAAAUGAUGAAGGUUUUAAUGUGGAAAAAAACAUAUCAAUAAUUGAUUUGGAAUCUCAUGCAAAUUUUGAAGAUGAUUUUUAUAUUUUUACAGAGUCUGGUCGCAAUUUAAAUAAAAAUGUAACUUGUUUUCGGCAGGGAACAAUUAUUGAUUCCGAUGAAGACAAUAAUACAGCUCUUUAUAAAAAUAUACAGGAAUGUCGUUGCAAAGUAGAAUGGCAUGGGAAAGAUUGUUCUCAACCGGAAAUUAUAUGGCGUGCUUUAAUGACUUCUAGAGUAAGAACUUUAAAAAGUAAAAUCAAAAUCAAUGAAAAAUUAAGAAACAAAAUAAUCUAUAUGAUAACAGGGCAUUUUAUUAGCUUAGAUAUUUUGGAAAUUCAAUUAUUAGAAUUAUCUAAAUCAGUUGAUUAUUUUAUACUUUGUCAAAAACCGUUUAAAACAAAAAAUAUAUUAACAACACAUAAUUUUUACAAUAAAGUAUCGAUAGAGAAGAAAUUAAAAUUAAAGGUAUCUCCUGAGCUUUAUAAAAGAAUUUUAGUAUGUGAUGAGCAAUCACCUAGUAAUAACAUUAGUUCUAAGGGGAAGUGCACACCCAAAUUAGCUUACGAAGGAUUCAAAUCGAAAUUAUCAAAUUUAGAUAAUUUAAAAUUAAAUGAUAUUUUUGUAUUUAGUGAAGAUGAUGAAAUUUUGAAUUAUAGAGCCAUUAAAUAUUUUCAAUAUGGAAAUGACCGUCCUUUCGGCGGAGUAACAAGAUUUCGUUUAAAAUAUAAUGUAUAUGGUUUUUUUUGGCAACAUCCUCUUGGAACCAAAAUCAGUAGUGCUUUAUGUUCCAUAAAUGAUUUAGAAAAAAAUUUUAAAGGUGAUCCUGAACGAUUAUUGAAUACUAAAAAGCCAUCACUUUUAAUAGGUGACUUAAAUCAUAUUGGUGGCUGGUAUUGUAGAUAUUGUUAUCAACCUAAUGAAAUUGUUGAUAAAUUAACAAUAGAAUCAGUAACAAAAUCUGAUGCGAAAAUUUCAUUAGUUCCUCAAAAUUUAAAAACAAACGAAAUACUUUUUCCAAAACAAAUUAAAAACGGUCAAAUUGAUUCUAAUUAUAUACAAAAUUUAAUUGCUAGUGGACUGUACAUAGAUGGUAAAGUAGGUUUAACGAAACAGCAUAGAUAUAGUGAUAAAUAUUAUUCUCCAGAUUACGUUGAAAAUAAUUCUUGGAAAUUCAACAAUCUGUUAGUAAAUAUGUUUGUUUCAAUAAAUGAUGAUUAUGAAUAUAGAAAAUGAAUUAAGUAUGCAUGUAUAAGUUUGAGUUAGUUAAUAAUAAUAAUAAAAAUAUUAUGCAUUAGGAUAGUAUAAUAUAUUUUAAAAGCAUAAGUUGCAAAAAAUUUCAAAUAAUAAUUUAUAAUGCGAUUUCAUAUAAUUUGUACAAGAAGCUGAAAUUUUCAAAUUUUGAUACUUAAAAAAAACAUUUAAAGCAUUUUGAAACAUUCCUUUUUCAAAAUGCUUUGAAGUAUUUCUUUUACAUUUAUACUUUUUCAAAUUGCAAAUUGAACACUUUAAAAUAUAAUUCAAUUAUAUAAAAUAAGUAAUUAAGUUUGAGGUAGUUUAUAAUAAUAUGUGCAUAUGUGCAUAUGUGUAUAUGUGUAUAUGUGCAUAUGUAUGAGCAACUACUGUCCAACUCAUGCGCAUGUACAUACAUAUAUCUUUUGAAACAUAAUAUUUUAGUUUUGGAAUUUGGAACACAUCAAAAACAUGAUAUAAUGCAAUUAAUUUAAUUUUACUGUAACUCUUAUGAAAUAUAAUUUUGUGUUUUUGCUUUGUAUGAUAAAACAUUAUGUGAAUAACAAUGAAAUAAAUUAGAAUAUAUUUAAAUAUACUUAAAAGACUGCUGUAAAAAUUUUUGAAAUUUUCAAAAAUAUUUACGAUAAAGGAUUUUAUUGCCUACAGUGGCAAGAACUGAAGCAUUAAAAAUGCAAAGAAAGAAUCUUAUGUUUCUUUAGCAAGAAAACAAUAUUAUUAGGUACUAAAUGAAUUUAUGAUUGAAGUUUGUAAUUUAUAAGCAUAAAAAAUUUGAAUUAUAUAUAUUUAUACUUUUUUGUUAUUAUAUUUAAAAUAUUAUUUUUAACAUAAGUUAGUUUAAUUUUAUAUUAACAAUAAAAAUAUACGAAAAUUAAAAGUUUUUUGUAUUUUAAAAAUCAAUAAUUCUUUCAUUUAGAUAAGUGAAGGUAUUAUUUCACAUUUAUUAUUUAAUACUAUUUAUUUCAGGUUUUAACUAAU